GCGGAAAAUCACAGGAAACUCCCUCUGUGAGCGACAUUGCUGUCAAAAAAGUUGGACACAGAAAGUGUCGGGAAGUGAAAAGUAAUUGUGAAAUAGCUCCUGAGAAAAUUGAUGGAUUGCCCCAAAAAGUGGUCCAAAGUGUAGUGUAGUGUUUGUAGAAGUGGACAAGUGCAGAAAGGGGCAACCUGUGGUCAUCCCUGUACCCCUGGGGUGGGUGUGAAAAAAAAGUCUGUCUGCGGUCGCUCGCCACCGCGAUGCACUUUCAGUUUUCUCGUCGUCUCGUCGUCGUAUUGGGAAAUUUCACUGGGCCAAUAAUGUCGUCGGGGUGCUUGUGCUAAGGUGGUGAGGUGUGUGCGGAUGUUAUGGGUCAGCAACAGGGUAAGGAGCGCUCCAGCAGCUGCGGAGCCACCGGCAGUGGAGCAGGUGUUGGGGCUGCUGGAACCGGAAGCACGGGACAUGGUGGCGCUGGAGGUACAAUCUCCAGUGGCGGUGGUACCUUGGGGCACGGUGCCCUCCGGUCCAGUCGCAUGAAACCGCGCCCCAACAAGGAACAACGAGGCAUCUUGGGCUCCAACAUCUUCACUGAACACAGUGUGAACAAAGUAACUUAUGGUGGAUUCUCUUCGGCAGAGGCCCUUCUGCAAUCUCGCCCCUUGCCCCACAUACCGCCAGGAGGUGCUCUCGUGGGGGGUCUCACGGAUGAGAUAAUUGCCCAGGGCACUGACAUAAGUCACCUUCAGGCGUCUCAGUCUGUCCAACAGUCGCAGGUGAGCUUCGAGGCGGCCCAUCGUUGGACCUCGAAGGAGAAUCUACUGACACCGGGCCCAGAAGAGGAUGAUCCGCAGCUCUUUGUGGCUCUCUAUGACUUCACGGCUGGCGGAGAGAAUCAACUGAGUUUGAGGAAGGGUGAACAAGUGCGCAUACUGUCGUACAAUAAGUCUGGGGAAUGGUGCGAGGCGCACAGUGACAGUGGAUUGGUGGGAUGGGUUCCGUCGAAUUAUGUGACACCGGUGAAUUCACUGGAAAAGCACUCAUGGUAUCAUGGACCAAUAUCGCGCAAUGCGGCUGAGUAUUUGCUGAGUUCUGGGAUAAAUGGGAGUUUCUUGGUGCGCGAGAGUGAGAGUUCACCUGGUCAGAGGAGUAUCAGUUUGAGGUAUGAGGGUAGGGUGUAUCACUAUAGGAUUCAGGAGGAUUCCGAUGGGAAGGUUUAUGUGACCACUGAGGCCAAAUUCAAUACACUGGCGGAACUUGUGCAUCAUCACAGUGUCCUGCAUGAGGGACAUGGACUGAUUACUCCUCUGCUGUAUCCAGCUCCGAAGCAGAACAAACCAACGGUGUUCCCGUUGAGUCCGGAACCGGACGAAUGGGAAAUCUGCCGAACGGAUAUUGUGAUGAGGCAUAAACUCGGUGGAGGGCAGUAUGGGGAGGUUUAUGAGGCAGUUUGGAAGAGAUAUGGGAAUACCGUUGCUGUUAAGACACUAAAAGAGGACACAAUGGCUCUCAAGGAUUUCCUGGAGGAGGCUUCGAUCAUGAAGGAAAUGAAGCAUCCGAAUCUUGUGCAACUAAUUGGGGUUUGCACCAGGGAGCCUCCUUUCUACAUCAUCACGGAAUUUAUGAGUCAUGGCAAUCUCCUGGAUUUCCUCCGAACAGCUGCCCGGGAAACUCUCGAUGCGGUGGCACUGCUCUAUAUGGCCACGCAAAUUGCUUCUGGAAUGAGCUACUUGGAGAGCAGGAAUUACAUUCAUCGCGAUCUAGCGGCAAGAAACUGUCUCGUGGGAGAGAAUAAUCUGGUCAAAGUGGCAGAUUUUGGCCUGGCCAGGCUGAUGCGGGAUGACACGUAUACAGCUCAUGCAGGAGCAAAGUUCCCGAUAAAGUGGACAGCACCAGAGGGAUUGGCAUACAAUAAAUUCAGCACAAAGUCAGAUGUAUGGGCUUUUGGGGUGCUACUCUGGGAAAUAGCCACGUACGGAAUGUCUCCGUAUCCGGGAAUUGAUCUAACGGAUGUUUUUCACAAGCUAGAAUCGGGAUAUCGCAUGGAUAGGCCACCGGGAUGUCCACCUGAAGUUUAUGACCUCAUGAGGCAGUGCUGGCAGUGGAAUGCUCAAGAUAGACCAACUUUCAAGAGUAUUCAUCAUGCUCUUGAGCAUAUGUUUCAGGAAUCUUCCAUCACAGAAGCCGUAGAGAAACAAUUGCAAGGCGUCGCUCAGGUUCCCACAUUAACGCCACAAAUGGGAAAGAAGAGUCAAAUGAGCAUUCACAGUCCGCCGCCGCAGCAGCAACAUGAGCAAGUUGUGACGACACCGAUGUCAGAAACUGGUUCAUCAUCAACAAAACUGAGCACUUUUUCAGCCAUCAAGGCGGGAAAUGUGCAAAUGAGACGAACUACAAAUAAAAAAGGGAAGACUGCACCAGCUCCACCGAAGAGAACCAGUCUGCUCUCAACGAGCCGAGAUUCAACAUAUCGUGAGGAUGAUGGGAGGCUACUGGAUGAGCUAAACACCAAUGGAUUGGCAAGAGAUGGAAAUGUGGGAAAUCGCGACUCGGAGAAUGAUGGAGCCGAAGUGACUCCGGACACAGAUACCGACAGCCAGGAACAGAUGCACCAAAGACAGCAGGGUGGCUCAUUCAAGCGUGUGACACCUGUGAUGGGCAAUCGGGGCUUGGAGACGCGCAACAGCAAGCGUUUUCAGCACCAACGCAAAGAUCCCUCUGCCACGGGAAGUUCGUCCGGAGGGGAAAAUGUGGCUGUGUCCCCAGUGACUGUGGGCGCCCUGGAGGUGCAGAAUGUCAAGAGGGCGAUUAAUCGGUACGGGACGUUGCCCAAAGGAGCGAGAAUUGGGGCAUAUUUGGAAUCACUGAGACAGAAUACGACAUCCGAAGGUGGUACAACGACUUCUCAGACUAGUCUGACACAGGAGAGUCCAGCCAGUGAGACGGGGAAUGCUGUAGUGGCUGCGGGGGUGAAUAAUAUCCUGUCUCCGAGGAAUCACAUCAAGAGUCAACCACAGAUGAUACGGAGUAAUUCAUCGGGAGGUGUUACUAUGGCCAAUUCUGCCUCAGCGAGUCUCAAUAAGCUUCAACGUCAUCGUACGACGACAGAUGGCAGUAUGAUUACAUUUUCAAGCUUCAGAGGAGCUGUCAGUGGUAGUCCCAAGAGGAGUUUUCAACCGACGCUGGCUGAUUUGGAAUUUCCACCACCGCCGUUGGAUCUUCCGCCGCCACCGGAGGAAUUUGAGACGCCUGCCAUGGAGAUUGAUGUACUGCCACCGCGGGAACCUGUUCCAGUUGGGAUUACGCAAUCGCAGAUUCUAACGCCGUCGUACGAUGUUUCCAACACGGAACCGAGCGUGGAGGAAGCUUCAUCGAGAUUUGGUGUUAGUCUGCGGAAGAGGGAACCUUCGACGGAUUCGUGCAAUUCCCUGGGGAGUCCUGCGGUGGAAGCGUUGGCAGAUGGGAGUGUAAAGGAGAAGCUGGAGGCGAAACUGGUGGCAGAGAUGAAGGAACGAGCUGUGGAGCAGCAGAAAGUGCCAAAACAGCCAGUAGAGGCCAAAGAUCCGGUAUCGCAGCUGGUGAAUGAACUGGCCGAGAGUAUGAGUCAGGGAGGUGGCGGAGGCGGAGGCGGAGGCAGAGUUGAUAUGAAGAAGUUGCCUCCGAAGCCCCAAGUGGACAAUCACACGUCAUUCAAGAGUCAACUGAAAAAGGUGGAACCAAAGAAGGUGCUCGGAGAGAAGAAAGAUGAAGCCAUCAUUGACUUCAAAUCGCGCCUACGUCGAGUCGAGUGUGAUGCUGACGAGACAACAACGACGACGACGACGACGACCACGACUACAGGAGAGGAGCCGGCGAAGCGCAAUGGGGAGGAGAAUGGGAAGAAGUGGGGAGAGGGAAAGGAGGUGAAAAAGACUGAAAUCAAAAUAGAUAUCCAGGGGGAGAAGAUUGCUGUGGAGGAGGAGGAUAAGAGGAAGAGUACAGGAAGUAUAAAUAGUCUGAAGAAAUUGUGGGAAUCCAAGGAGGCAGCUCCGGAGAAUCCAACAGUUGUUCAAUUGAGUCCAAAGUUGUGUCUCAAGCAGAAGCUAACCGGAACAGGAACAGGAGGAGGACAAGGCGGAGAGGAGGAAUCAACAGAUGAGGGUCAGAAUGCAAAUUUGGGUACCAGUAAGAAGCCAGCGGUACCCAUUAAACCCACUAAAUUAACAAUCUACGCAACUCCCAUUCCGACUAAAGCUGCAACCACGGACAAUGCAGCAUCCAUCACUAUCAGCCGGGAGGGUAUUCUGGAGCUAGUGACACUGCUAGAAGGCAGCCUAAAGAUUCCCGUGACAGCCAUUUCGGCCAGUCAGUGGCUUCAGCUCAGCGAUAAACUCAAUAUUCUCCAGAAUUCCUGUGUAACAUUCGCAGACAAAGAAACAAUGCCGCCACAUUCCAAAUUUCACUUCCGGGAACUGGUGACACGCGUGGAAAAUCAAUCACGCAGCCUACGAUCGGCCGGCAGCAAAAAUGUCCAGGACAAUGAGAAGCUAGUGCUCGAGGUGGGACAAUCUCUCAAGCAGAUAUCAAAUGCACUUCACAGCAAACCACUGAAAAGUCAUUGAGUGUUCUUGAGUGAGAUGAUGAGAGAAACAAGAAGGGGUAUUUCUUUUUUGUAUUUUGCGAAAUGUGCGCAAAGAAAUAUUAUUUGAAUGCAAUAGCAUGAUGGAGUGAAACCCUACAUGUACAGAAUUCUUCUUUAUGGUGGAAAAAAAAGAACUGUAAUAGGGGAAGAAGAAUAAAAUUGACGUAUAGAGAAAAAUAGCACGAAAAAUUUCCUUUUGUUUUCUUUUUUUUUUAGAAACUUACAAUACAAUAAUUCUAGUCGUAGUAUUUAAGAGUAUAAGAAAUUUUCUUUGUUUUUUUUUAGUUGUUCUUUCUUGUGUAGUUUUUGCAAUAUGUAAGAAGGAUAAUUAAAGAAAAAUGGGAGGAAAAACAGGCGAAAGAGUUGAUUUUAAAAAGAAAAUUGAUAAAUGCUUGCGUCUUUUAGAAUAAAAAAUUAAGAUCUUAUGAGAAAAAAUGUCAUGAUUAGAUAGAUGGGAAACAAAUAAAUAAAAAAAACACUAUUAAAAUGAUUUGAAUUAUAGAAUAUUUCUUCUACUACCCCAAAGAUAGUCUUCUAAACAAUAUAAAAUAUAUUUCUCUAAAAAGAAACAUUUUUUGACGAGAGUUAACGGCAGUGAAAAUUUCCCAAUUUGAAAGAAAAAAACAUAUUAAGUCUUAAACAAUCCACUAUUUUAGUGUCCAAUAACCAGUAACCAGAAAAAAAGAUAUCUCAUAGCAAGUGAAAAUAUCAAAUGUCAUAAAAGAAAAUAAUCUUAUUGUGUAUUUUUAUUGUGAGACAAAAAAAGAAAAAGAAACUGAAGAGAAAAAAAUAGUUUUCAGCCUAUUUCUUAAAAAAAAAACAACGUCGAAGGUGAAAAAAUCUAGGUAUUUUUAAAAUUAAAAAAUUAUACUACAUUAAGACCAAUAUAUUUAAACAAUUUCAUCAAUAUAUUGACGAAAAAAAAAAUAUUUGUAUUAACUUAAAGAAGAAGUGAAAAAAAACAAGAUUUGCAAAUCAAGCAAAGCCAGAAAUGAUAUAGGAUUUAGAUGGGAGCUCAAGAUUGAUCUAAAAAAAAGCUAAUGCUCAAAAGAAAUUCUAAUGCGACUUUUUGUAAAAGAUAGACAUUUUGUGUAAGGAAAAAUGAGUGAGGAAAUACUGCGCUACGUUUAUAUUGCUACGGAUUGGAUUUCGAUUAGAUUAGAAAACUUCGUACCAAAAUAGUGUCAAUUGCAAAUUGACAUUCUUUGACAACGUCAGCUCAAAGUGUCAAUGUGUAUUGAUAGUCAUUCCGUACAGAAGUUCUUACUGCGAUAAAAAACAAUUGAAGAAACAUUAACAAGUUUGUUUUUUUUUGUUUGAAAUUUUUACUUUUUAAAACCCGAAUUUGCGAUGAAACUUUAUGACGCUGGCACACCUUUUCAAUUAAGUGAAUUUCAAUCGAUUCAAAUUUUACCUCUUACUCUUUCAAACUGAAAUCAGAUGCAGCUGUCUCUUUCUGUCAAAUGAAAUUUCAAAUUGAAAUUGAAAAUGAAAUUGAAAUUUCAAUUUUCAUUUGACAGAAAGAGGCAAACAUAUCUUAUUUCAGUUUGAAAGAGCAAGAGGUAAAAUUUCAAUCGAUUGAAUUUCACUAAAUUGAAAAGGUGUGCCAGCGCCAUUAAAAUUUAGGUUGCAUCUAAACGAGGCUUUUUGAUUCGAAAUUGCUCUUUCGAAAUUUAAAAAUUUCUCAUGGACCCUUUGGUUUCAAUUUGCCUAUUUUUUGGUGCAGAAAAAUAUCCUUGUUCGAAAAUUCAAUAAGCAAUAUUCGAAUUUUUCGAACAUUUGAGAUUUACUAAAAUAAAUUGUAAAAGAAUUCACGAUGUUUUCUCAAUUUUUUGACAACAUUAUUGUACUGCAGUUAGGCAAGUUUGAUGAGGAUGAGUUCAUCUUCCCUUUCUUUUCACGUGAUUCAUUUAUGAAUUAAUCACUUGAUUUCUUUUUAUACGAAUGUUUUGAAGUAAAAUAGGCAGUGUAACAAACUUCCCAUUUUAGCCGAGACACAUUUGGGAGUAUUAUAACAGACGGUGAAUAAUUUCCAUAGAAUCGAACCACAAAGGGAGAUUUACCUAAAUUCAGCGGAUUAUAGAACAGUUUUAGGUGCAUUUCGAAAUACCCUUGAUUAGAAGAAGAAUUAGAGAUUAAAUGAUCAAUCGUAAAUCAUUUUGUCAAGUUAUCAGCAAUAAUAACUAGUCUGUUGUGUAAAAGCUAAACCAGCAUAAAUUCGCAGUUAACUUCAAAUAGGCCGAUUGCUUGGGCCCACCUCCAAAUAUUUAUAAUAAUAUUCACCCCAAAAGAAUUUUAAAAAUUAUUAAACGAAGAAAGAAACUAAUCUUCAGAAGAUACAAGUAAGAUAUAUUCUGCCUAGAACAACUAGAAUAACUUGCAAUUGGUCAUUUGGAAAUCAUGGGAUUGGUAUGGAAGCAAUCCCAAU